AUGUGUUUCGGCAAAGCGGAGUUGCUGGUUAACUACCCCUUUGGUACACGUCAACAGAGGAAGCUCUUUCCUCACCACCACCCCCCAAACUUGUUGGGGAACAAGUUUCUUCCUCUUCGAGGAGCGCCUCACAGAGGGCCAGGAUGUUACAUUGCAGAAGAUGUAUACGGAUUGGCAUACAACCUCUCUAAGAUCCCAACCAGUAGAAAAGGAUAUACUUUUGGUGCCAGAACAGCUGAGAGGUUUAAGGAAAUCAACAAGGACAUGAUGCUUUACCCCGGCAUGUACCAGGCUGCAAAUCCUCAGGAGCAAAUACACAAACAAAAUUUUGCUCCAUUUAAUGCCUUGUUGCCUCGAUUUAGGACAUACUCAAAGGACAAUUAUUAUCCUGGCCCUGGCACAUACAACCUGGAGGUGAAACCACCCCCCAAAAUCACCUGGCCAAUGAAAUUUGGAUCUCCAGACUGGGCUCAGGUUCCAUGUCUACAGAAAAGAACCCUAAAAGCUGAGUUGUCCACCGACAAGGACUUCAGAAAGCACCGGAACCGUGUGGCCUACCUAAGCCUGUUUUACAGUUGAGGAGCUGUGACUACCUUCACAUGCUCCUCCUAACCAUGGAUCCAGGACUGAGGACAGAGCUGCUCUUCCCCCCUGCACUGCCCUGCUCUCUUGUCUGCCAGCAUG